GAUGCCGGUUAUGAAAGGAACUAGGAGUUCUACAAAGAUUAGGCUGCAUUAAGUAUUCAGAAGCUGUAGUCCAUGAUUUGUUCCGGAUAUAAUCUGUUAUAGAUAUUGCUAAGCAAAAUACUCAGCAACCCACAGGGAUAGAAAGAUUGAAUUAUAGUAUGGAAGGGUUAAAGCAAAACUCGUCAGGAAUAAACAAAAUAACUCAAAAAUGUUACAGAAAUAUGGGACUCCUAAUUUGAAGAAACUAAAUCCUACGAUAUCUCAAAAUCAAAAGGAUACUAUUAAAAUCCAUGACCUCCCCUCAAUAAAGCAAAAAGAAGCACUCCAAAAAUCGACUGACUCAACCACCACAAAAUAAGUUCAAACCCCCUUCUCACCCUCACAACCAUUCUACGUCCAAACCCAUUCACCCAAAAGUCCCUUCUCAGCCUUCAAAUUGAGCUGAUUCCUUCUCUGCUUCAUUUACCACUUCUAAGAAUAGGCUUCCAGCCUUUGAGAAAUAAAGCACUUGAGAAACUUAAGAAGUCAAGAUUGGGGAAGUGAAUGAAGGCAUGUGCUAGUGAGGGCAGGUCAAAGGGAUGUAAGUGAGUGGAAGAGGUGAAAGGAGACUCAGAGAAUGUUAAGAAGAGAUUGGAUGAAAUUGAAGCAAUUGUGAUGAGAAUUAGGGAUGAUGGAGAUCAGGUGAUUAGGAAUAGGUAUUUUAAAGCAAGGAAGGAGAGGGAGGGUCAGAGAAGGAUAGAUUAUGCCAGAAAUUCGAGAAUUCCAUUAAAAGAUCCUUACCAAAAUAUGAGUAUGGAUCGUAAACUAAGAAGACCUAAAAACAGAAAAUUAAGCCACCAUCUCCCUUACUCCAAAACAAACCCCAUAAACCACCCCUCUUACACCUCUUCGUCCACUCUCCCAGAUCAUAACCCCUCUAAGUCCAGCUCCCUUCUGCACCCUCCAAAGACCUUGGCUAUGUUCAAGCACAAAUCUACCAGCACUGAGAACCUUUGUCCUCACAAUCCUCAAAAAACUUAAGAGCUCAGCCUAAGAUCUCACAUAUUGUGUCUUCAAUUGAAAAGUCGCCUAACCAAGCUGCUCAGUCUAGAAUAGGCAAGACUGGA